AUGUUGCUCGUUCACGUCGAAGCCACCAUCUCAGCCGCGCAACUUCUUCAGCAGAUCCCGUCCUCCGCCAUACACGACCAGCAGCAGAAUUCCCAUCAGCAAAUUUCUAAUAACAGCCCUGGCAACCACUGCCAAAUCCCUCACGGCUCGAUUCGCCGCCGUCAUCGGCGUUUCCGGCGCCGCCGCCGCCGUCGCCCGUCCAAGGGCCCGCUCGCAGGCGUCGGCCUCCACUGCCACGUCAGCCAUCCCAUUCUCGGCGAACUUGGGGUUUCCCCUGAUCGACUGCUCUGCCACGGGCACGUCGGCCUCGAUCACGGCCCUGUACACGUCCGCGCACUUGCCGAGCGGCGCCUUCAGGUGGGGGUGGGUCUUGACGAGCCUAGCGGCGGCGGAGAGAGCUUUAUUGGUCUCGGACUUGACGGCCCUGAUCAGGAUAAGGCCGAGCCCGGCCACGUCGGAGCCGGCGCUGGUAUGGUCGGCCCGGAUGGUGGUGAGGCAGAGGCGGUAGUUUGGAGUGCGCUUGCAUAUGGACUCGAUAAGGGAUUGGUUGUUUUGCGGUGGUUUCGCGGUGGCCGGAACUAUCGCCGGUGA